AUGACGAAUGAAGAAUGUGACCAUCGGGUACCAAAUAAUGAAAUUGGAUCAUGGGAGAAGCACACGAAGGGAAUUGGACAUAAGUUGUUAGAAAAAAUGAGGCAUAUUCCUGGAAGAGGCUUGGGUAAAUAUCUCCAGGAUAUUUCGAACCCAGUUGAAGCGGUGUUGAGAAAAGGGAGGGGUGACAUUAGUUACUAUGACAACAAAAAACACGAGAAGGGUGGGACUAAUUAUUUUUUUGAACAAAAUUUACAAAGAAAUGAAAAAAUCAAGAAUUGGAAAACAGGAGAUAAUAAAUUUAAACGAUCGGCUACUCAAUAUUACAUAAAAUGUGAGUUAUUGGAAACCAAAAACGAAAAAUGA